AUGGCCGGGGUUAGCGCGGAGGCGGCAUUUGCCUAUCACGAACCGCCAAUAGCAACAAUCCUCAACCUGACUGGUUUUAUCAUCCUCUUAAAUAUCAUAAAUGUCUGUCUUGACAAACUUCUAUAUUGUGGCCUGAUUGGACAGCUCUUCGUUGGCAUCCUUUGGGGCACGCCCGGCGCGAAAUGGCUCGAUCGCGAGACAGAGACCGUCAUCCAGCAACUCGGAUAUCUCGGUCUUAUAAUGCUUGUCUAUGAGGGUGGUUUGUCGACGUCUAUUAAGGCAGUGAGAGCCAACCUCUUUGUUUCUCUUUGUGUCGCCAUCACCGGCAUCGGUGUGCCUAUGGGUCUGUCAUUCAUUCUCAGAGAGCUGGUUGGUGCGAGCUCCUUGCAAGCAUUUGCUGCCGGUGCAGCGCUCAGUGCUACAAGUCUUGGGACUACCUUUACAAUCCUCUCGACAACGAAUCUGAUCGCCACGCGUUUGGGUACUGUGACAACUAGCGCUGCAAUGCUCGAUGACGUCGUUGGGUUGGUGAUGGUCCAAAUUAUCUCAAACCUGGGCGGAAAUGGCUCAUCAUUCGACGCUUUGACUGUCAUUCGACCGGUAUUCGUGUCUAUCGGAUUCGCAGUGGGGCUAUUCCUAGUGUGUGCAUUUUUGAUCGGACCCUGUGUCAAAAAGGCGCUUCGCUCCAAGCUGAAACUGCCUCGAUUUAUGAAGACGAUACAGUUUGCAUUUCUCUACCAAACAGUUGUUCUGGUCGGGGUUGUAGCGGGUGCCACUUAUGCGGGAACAUCCAGUCUCUUUGCUGCUUAUCUUGCCGGUGUUAUAGUCACCUGGUUUGAUGGUACAAUUGCGGAUUUCAAGAUGGCAGAAUCUGCUGGCCAAGAUGAUGCUCACAUUUCACACGAAUCUGCAAGCCAAGUGGCUGAUAGUUGUUCCCCGGGUUCCCCUGAGCAGCAUAGCGACCCUUCCACCGAUGUUUCAAGUGCUCGAUGCGAUGAAACACUGACUGGCGAAGUAGUUUACGAGAGAUAUUACAAACAACCGGUAUCUCGACUUUUAACACCCCUGUUUUUCGCAUCGAUUGGGUUUGCAAUUCCAAUCACCGAAAUGUUUCGGGGAAGUGUCAUAUGGCGCGGUCUGAUCUAUUCCCUGCUAAUGAUGUUUGGAAAGAUGGUCACGGGUCUAUGGCUAGUUCGGUUCUCCUUCAAUCCCGUGUCGAAACUCAUCAGUCAUAUGAAAGAUUACAUUCCUGGCCCUCGCCUGUUUUGCACUCCGAAGAAACCCCAUGAACCGCAAAAGAGGAAAGAAGAGCCUCCUUCAAGUUCCGCCACGGCUACUUCGCACGACCAAAUAAACGAAAACACGGAACCACACGCCAAAACCUCAGUCCACAGGUCUCCUUCUAACCGAGAGACUACGAGCCAACCCCAGCUCCAGCAAACUGAGCGCCUAGAGUCGAAUCAACGCUCCUCCACUACGUUCCCAGCAAAGCCCAAAUCAUUGUAUCCGCCAUCUAUCCUCGCCUUGGCUAUGGUCGCUCGGGGGGAAGUAGGAUAUCUGAUUGCUUCGCUAGCACAGAGCCAAGGCAUGUUUUCAACCGGCCCCUCUAGCGGAAUAUCAGAGAUCUACCUAGUGAUCAUAUGGGCUAUCUCCAUCUGCACACUUGUGGGGCCAAUCUGCGUUGGAACCCUUGUCAAGCGAGUCCAGAAGUUACAAAAAAACAGAGGGAACUCUGGCUCAGACCCACUGGGCGUUUGGGGUAUCUGA